AUACGAUGUAACGAAAACAAAGACAUAACCAUGUUAUGAAGGUUUACAAAGGCUUCCCAGUCAAGGCAUCUAGCUCAGACAGUCACAGCCAGCUACCGCUUCACGCAUAGUAGGAUACAUGUCAAGGCGUGCGUAGAUAUGGCAUUUUUAGGAACACUUACCUCGUUCUUACUACUAUUCACACACAUAAUCCACAACGCUCGUGCAGCGUCCAUUCACCCGUUAUGUGGCAGCAACAUAACAAUCGACAACGUUCAACCAGUAGCUAAGAGUGUGACAGAUCUGACGGCGCUCUUCCAUGGUCUGGAGCUGCCGGAGGGAGCAUGCAUUUUCAACCCAGCGUUGGUCCAAGUGUCCGGACCCCUGUACUGCUUAUUCGGGCGUAUCUAUGAAGCAAGCGAGCCAGGCAAACGCUGCGCACCUGGACGUAUGGACCGCCCUCCGUUCCUAGACGGGUGGCGAGGCAAGUCAACUAAUAUUCUCGCAAUCCUAUGGCUACGCCAGGACCCCAACCGCCGGAGACUGCAAACCAAGUUAAUGGGUCACACCUACAUCAACGCAUCUAACCAUGAAGACGGGCGUUUGUUUAAGGACUCGCGCGGACGAAUAUAUGUCUACUUGGCCCUGCCCAUCGGUGUAUACCCCAAGCGUGCCGUUAUCAAUACAGUAAACCGGGUCUUCAUCCAGUGCAACCGCUCCUCGUCGCAUUGCGCCGUUUCAUUGGGCUACCCCCGAAUACUCAGUUUCCUGGGCAGUGACAACGCCAUGGACAAGAAUUGGGUGCCAUGGAAUGGCUCGGAAUACAUGUCCUUCUCACACUACGGCACCUUCGGGCCGCAUUCCGUCUUCAACUGGGGCUCUUAUGACGAACCCGUGCUCCACAUAGACUUCGAUUCAGUGGCGGAAGACUCACUCUUCCCCAACUUCAACAAGCAUUAUGGACAUUUGCUGCAACUGUCAGGCGGGUCGCCCGUGGUUCUGGAGCCUGGAGGGAAAUCCUACCUUGGAGUUGGUCACUUCAAGGCACAUCCAGGGUGCUUCCAUCCUGAAGCUAUGCCGGCAUGGGUGGACAAGUCGCGGUUCGGCCACAUGGUGGGCCAGCUGGGCACCAACUGUGCGCACCUGCAGCAGUCCAGCAAUGAAACGACCAGGAGCGAGGUGCUGCGUGUAGCGUUUAACUUUCUACACGAGGGCAAGGAGGGCAUACACUACCCUCUAGACUAUGGCUUCUUCUUUUACAGGUUCAACGCCGCCGCACCGCACAACAUCACGCACAUCAGUCAUGGCGUCAUCCCCUACACCUGGCGAAACGCAAGCGACCAUCAGGGGAUUGUCUUUCCAACUGGGCUAGAGCGACUGGGAUCGGAUACCUACAUCAUAGCCUACGGGGAUGAGGACCAGGCAUCCAAGCUGAUGACCAUCUCCGCGAGACGGGUGGAGGCGCUGCUGUGGCCUCUGCCGAAAAUGGAGCAAAGCUUGGAUACGUACACUGUUUGCGCAAUUGGGUGUGAAGGGGAAGAGGGAGGUCGGUGCUCGUAUGAGUAGGUUUGAGGGGAUGAAAAUUCGGGUUUGGAGCAGUGGAGACUGUAGGUGGGAUGUUGUAGUGAAAACCCGCAUGGGCAAGGCUCCGUGAAUACGGAGGAACGUGGCAUGGGAAGUGCGGGAGGCUUGGCAUGAGGCAGAGGUUAGGGUUUUGAAACGAAAGACAGCUGGGUCAUUAUGGUGCUUAUUUGGUUGGGUCUUCUACAUCAUUUGCGGUUGCUGAUAGUUCAGUUGACUUCAGGUGUUUCUAUAACGGGUGCGCCAGUUGCGAGUGAAUGCCUGCGCAUGUUAGCAAAGUGUCUUAGGCACGAGACUGCAAGGCACAGCAGAGGUGGGGCGAGGGAACGAAAGGGCAACAUAACGGGUGGCCGCAAGUGUGUUGCGUGGUUGGGUGUGUAUGUUGGGAUGUAUGGCAUGGGAGGCAGCACCUGUACUGCCAUUUCCCUGUCUUCCGUUGCCAUACCAACGCUAAGAUUUGAUAAGGACAAUGCUAUCGGGUGAUUUGUAUACUGCUCAAGUUGAUGAACUGAGUCUGAGUUGUGGGCAUGUGCCUUGGUGGCUGCAACUUCAACGGUGUAUGUCGUGUGACCGCAAGUGUGCCGUACGCAUAUGGUCGUGCAGGCCUUCACGGUGUUUCCACGGCACCUAAUUUUAUACGUACGAAGGGCGUGCAAUUGAGCUAGGCAACGGAUGGUGCGAUCACGUGAAAAGGGCUGAACAUUUGUUUUCGUAUAGCAGUAUGUUGGGAACAGCCGUAUGUUGGGUACAGCCGUGUACCCUUCACUAGGUCUGCAUUAGACCAGGAGUGGAACUGCAUUUAGUGCGGUUAUAUCGCCGACUUAGUAAUUGCUAAAUCCUAUGUACCAACUGUUCUUGGUGAAGCCGCGAGCUAUACGCCCGCACAAUGUGGGGUGUCCUGGACAUUGGUCAGCGAGUUUGCGAAUGAGCCGUGUACGAUGUUCACCGGUAUUGAGUCUGCACAGGCGCGCUAGUAGCAGCCACAUGCUGAUUUUGCUUUUGAUGUACGUUAGGGCAGGGUUAGAGGCAGCGAAACCAGGCAGUGUUAUUUGUAUUGAGGCGACGGGGUGUUCCGGUACGGCACAAGCGACACUGAGAGCAGGCUGCGAGGCUAAUUGUAAGAGCUCCAUUCG